UUGGAAUCGAAGUAAAAACUACGAAUUUGAAAUUUCUUUACAAUAUUUUAUCAUCCCAACAAAAUGAAAGAACCAAUUUGUAAUGGUUGCUGCUGUUUUUCAUUAAGAACUGGUGGAUUGAUAAUUGGAUGGCUUAACUCGUUAAUUGGAUUAUUUGGUUUGAUAAUUACAAUCUCAGUUCUUGGAUAUAAAUUAUCUGAAAGUUCUGAUUUAACAUAUGUUGAUAUGAAUGAUUUUUAUGGAUUGAGAUAUGUUGAUAGAACUGCAUUUAUUGUAAUGGGCUUCUUUUUGGCUAUAAUUUUCUUGAUUGAAGGAACUUCUGCUGUUUUGCUUAUUAUUGGAAUAGUCAAAGGUCAUCACAAAAAAAUGUAUAUGUACUUAAUUGUAUCGUUUAUUGAAAUUAUUCUUGAGUUUUUUGAACUUUUUAAAAGUGGCAACAGUACUCGCGAAAUUAUCAAAGACUUGUUUGGAAUAAGUUUUCAAAUUUACUACUUUUGUGUUGUUCACAGCCUUUAUACAGUCACUAAAUAUGGUAAUCGUCAACCACGAGAAUCAUAUACAGAGGAAUUUAUAUGAUUAAUGACGUAAUAAAUUAACGAAACCUUAUUAUAUCAAUAGUAUUAAGCUUACUUAAAGAUUAAAUUGAAAUUUUAUCAGAUUUUCAUUAAUUAAAAUUUUUAAUUAAUUACUAAAAGCCACUCUGUAAUCUUUAACGUUGAAGAUCAAAAGAGACGAUUAAGAUAACCAAUGACCAUUGCUAUAAGCGUAACAAUUUAAUUUACAAUAAAAUUCAUUGAAUUAAUUGCGCAGUGCAAUGUAAAACCAAUUAAAAGGCAAUUAAGAUGAGAUUUCCAUGCUUUACUCUGAGGUUUUCAACAGUUCUUCAGAGGAAAUUGUAAAAAAUUUAUUCAAUUGAUUUUCAAUGCUUUUUAAAAUAACGCCAGUUACUUGUGAAAAUAUUGAACCUUUCCAUUUUACUCAGCAUAACAUCAGCAUUCGCCUCAAGCAGUUUUUUUAUGGAUUUUCAAUUCUCAUCCUUUCCUUUUACCAAAUUUAGAAACAAUAUUUAAGGAUCAAAUGUAUGCAUGAAUAGAUUGAAAGUUACUGACUUUAAAGAAAAAAGUUUACAAAUAAAAAAGAUUUUCUCAAAACAGUCUCA